AGCGCCGCGGAGAGGUGGGCCGCAGAAAGCAUACUUGGUUGAAUGGCCAUUAAAGCAGCAAUCAGCGGUAAAUAUAUUAUAAUGCCACGCUCCAAACAGACACCGAGCGGAUUGUCCGAGGCUGAGGGAGAGCACUUUGGCACCGGGUAGACACUUAAUGAAAUGCUGCCGCUGUACGGCCGCGGAUUCGCUUUGCGCGGAGUCAAAUGAGGAGUCAUUCUCUGGGGAAUCGAACAGUGAUGGACAGCUGUUGGAGGUUGACGAUAAAUUUACAGUGUUGUAACACAGGCUAUACUAUGGACCAGGGACCCCUUUUUUGUGGCUGCCACAGGAGGAGAAGGAGGAGCGGCUGAGUUUUCUCCUCCGCUCCGAUCAACGCAACUGUGCGAGGAUCGUGAUGAUGGUUUUUGGCCAAACGUGAGGCUCCCACCGCCGUCCAUGCCGCAAUGUUUGGUCAGCACAGGUGAAAUAAGACUUGACGGGACCAAAUAAGAGCUGUCAACAUGGAAUAUGUCUUUUUAUUUCCCCGCACCUCCGUCUUUUCUGUCCAUAAACCGUAUACAAGAAACAUGCCCGCAGAUGUAACGGAUUCACAACGUAGUUAAUGGUGUUGCGCUAUGAUCUCCAGGGACUAUCUGAUUUUGUGUAAUGGUUUUAUCAUCCAGCUACAGCGCACGCUGCCGUGCAACCUCUCCAUGGAUGGUAGUUAAUUGGGCCCAAUGAUGUAGAGCCAAAUCCUCCUGGAUCAAACGUUCCCUCCUCUCGCGGCGAAACUGGCUCCCCUGUGACUUUUGCGCAUGUUCAAUUGUUUUUAUUCCCAAAGCCUUUCACCACUUCUGGUUAUUACUUUGGAUAAUCCCAUCUCGAUUUUAAACGAUUUUAUAAUGAAUUAUUGCCUCUAAAAGUGGAAGAGUAAACCGGUCACAGUGUGUAUUGAUUUGACUUUUUAAUUUAAAACGCUCAGACUCUUUCAACAGUGACCAACCAUGGGAAGUUCAGCUUACAACAGACAUUUGAUGGGGCCCAUCUUAAAGACUAAGUAGUUUCCAGACAUUAUUUUUUUAGUGGGUAAAACUUUUCCUUUGUUAAAGCACAUUCUGUAGUUACCUCCCGUUAUCCACUAUGUCCAGAUCAAACAGUGUCAGCCCACCCGGAGUCUGUGCGCCUGGUCUGAGGGGAGGGACCGAGCACAGAUCAGCCUGGGGAGAAUCUGAGUCCGUGGCCAACGGGUGCCCAUACUCGGCCAGAUCCCCGCGCAGGAAGCUCACCCGGACCAGCAGUCGGUGGAAAGAAGAGGAUGAUCUGGACCACCGGCAGUCCGGGCGAGCCUCCACGACCGUCAGCAGGGUCAGCUUCAGGUCCAGGUCAGCUUGGCAGGACCAUGGCGAGGAGAACCGAGACCGCGCGUCCCCUAAGCGUCCAAACGACGAGGUGAGACCCAAGUCUGUAGAGCUAGGUCUGGAGGAGCGGAGAGCCAAGUCCGGGACCAACGAGGAGGAGGUCAUGCCCGAUGUUAACUUGUCUUUAGUGGCGUGCUGCACCAACGUCAUGCACAUUUUUAAAUCCAAGAAAUUCCAGUCGGAGAAGUUGGAGCGGCUCUACCAGCGCUACUUUUUCCGUCUCAACCAGAGCAGUUUGACUAUGCUCAUGGCAGUGCUGGUGCUGGUCUUCACGGUCAUGUUGGGCUUCCACUGCUCCGGUGGGACAGCGAGCGUAACUUAUGUGGUGGUAUUUUCAGUUGCCAUCUUCCUCACACUCAUACUCAUGGUGGUCUGCAACAGGAACGGGUUUCACCAGGAUCAUAUGUGGAUUGUGUGCUAUGUGGUCAUCCUGGUGGUGUUCGUUAUCCAGGUGAUCGGAGUGCUGCUCGUGCAGCCCAGGAGUGCCUCAGAGGGGAUCUGGUGGACCGUGUUCUUCAUCCAUGUCAUCUACACUCUGCUGCCCGUCAGGAUGCGCGCCGCAGUCAUCACUGGAGUUAUCCUUUCCGCCAUCCACGUGGCUGUUUCCUGGAUGUUAAACGGCAUGGACAGCUUUCUGUGGAAACAGAUAGUGUCUAAUGUUCUAAUCUUCUCCUGCACCAACAUUGUGGGAGUUUGCACCCAUUACCCUGCUGAGGGCUCCCAGAGGCAGGCCUUCCAGGAGACCAGGGAAUGCAUCCAAGCUCGCCUCCACUCCCAGAGGGAAAACCAGCAGCAGGAACGCCUCCUGCUCUCAGUGCUUCCCCGUCAUGUUGCCAUGGAGAUGAAAGCUGAUAUAAACGCCAAGCAGGAGGACAUGAUGUUUCACAAGAUCUACAUCCAGAAGCACGACAACGUCAGCAUCUUAUUCGCAGACAUCGAGGGUUUCACCAGUCUGGCAUCCCAGUGCACAGCACAGGAGUUGGUGAUGACUCUCAAUGAACUCUUUGCCCGUUUUGACAAGCUAGCAGCGGAGAACCACUGUCUGCGGAUCAAGAUCCUGGGAGACUGCUACUACUGUGUGUCUGGGCUGCCAGAGGCGAGGGCUGACCAUGCUCACUGCUGUGUAGAGAUGGGGUUGGACAUGAUAGAGGCCAUCUCGCUGGUACGGGAGGUGACUGGGGUGAAUGUGAACAUGCGAGUGGGUAUCCACAGUGGCAGGGUGCACUGUGGAGUCCUGGGACUCAGGAAGUGGCAGUUCGACGUCUGGUCCAAUGAUGUCACAUUAGCCAAUCAGAUGGAGGCUGGGGGCAAAGCUGGGCGUAUUCAUAUCACUAAAGCUACUCUGAAUUAUCUGAAUGGCGACUACGAUGUGGAGCCAGGAGCAGGGGGAGAAAGAAACGCCUACCUGAAGAAGCACAACAUUGAAACCUACCUCAUUGUAGGCUGCAGUCAGAAAAGGAAAGAGGAAAAGGCAAUGAUAGCCAAAAUGAACCGACAGAGGACCAAUUCUGUCACCCACAACAGCGGCCACUGGACUGACCGUCCAUUCUACAACCAUCUUGGUGGAAACCAGGUCUCCAAGGAGAUGAAAAGGAUGGGCUUUGAAGACCCCAAGGACAAAAACACACAGGAAAACCUAAACCCAGAGGAUGAGGUGGAUGAGUUCCUGGGCCGAGCCAUUGACGCACGUAGCAUCGACCGUCUGCGCUCCGAACAUGUCAAGAAGUUCCUGCUCACCUUCAGAGAGCCUGACCUGGAGAAAAAGUACUCCAAACAGGUGGACUCCAGGUUCGGGGCUUACGUGGCCUGUGCCUCCCUCGUUUUUCUCUUCAUUUGCCUCAUCCAACUCAUCAUUGUGCCACCCUCCAGUCUGAUGAUCGGCUUCUUUAUCACCUGUUUCAUUAUCCUGAUAGCUGUCAUGUUCAUCUCCGCUGUCUACUGCUGUUUUGGGCUGUUCCCAGUUCCUCUGCAGACAAUCUCUAAGAGGAUAGUCCAGUCCAGACUGAACAGCACCCUGGUUGGAGUGUUCACCAUCAUCAUCGUCUUUAUUUCUGCUUUCAUCAAUAUUUUUACCUGCAGCAGUCACGACCUGCGGAGCUGCAUCAAAGCAGAGCUCAACAUUAGCCUGGACAGCGUUAAUGCUUGCCAUGCCCACGUCCUCAACUACAGCCUGAACACACAACACAUCCCCUGCGGAGACGACACCCUCGUCUGCAGCUUUCCUGAGUACUUCUCGUCCUGUGUGCUGCUGAGCCUGCUGGCCUGUUCAGUCUUCCUGCAGGUCAGCAGCAUCGGUAAACUCUUCCUCAUGCUUUUCAUCGAGCUGCUCUACCUUCUCAUCAUAGAGGUGCCGAAAGUGAGCCUCUUCGACAACCAGGACCUGCUGGUCAUGGCCAAUGCCAUCAGUGCUGUUGAGCACAUGAAUGGAACAAGCUGUGUGGUGGACUCCAAGGUUCCUCUGAAGAUCAUGACCCCAGUGGUCAUCACUGUCUUUGUUCUUGCCCUCUACCUUCACGCCCAACAGGUGGAGUCCACGGCUAGGCUCGACUUCCUCUGGAAACUACAGGCCACAGAGGAGAAGGAGGAGAUGGAGGAGCUACAGGCCUACAACCGCCGUCUGCUCCACAACAUCCUACCCAAAGACGUGGCUGCCCACUUCCUGCAGCGCGAGCGGCGUAAUGAUGAGCUCUACUACCAGUCGUGUGAAUGCGUUGCAGUCAUGUUCGCCUCUAUCAGCAACUUUUCAGAGUUCUAUGUGGAGCUGGAGGCCAACAACGAGGGAGUGGAGUGUCUACGGCUGCUCAAUGAGAUCAUUGCUGACUUUGAUGAGAUCAUUAGUGAGGAUCAGUUCCGUCAACUGGAGAAGAUCAAGACCAUCGGCUCCACCUACAUGGCAGCCUCCGGCCUCAACGACUCAACAUAUGACAAGGCUGGUCGCUCACACAUCCGCGCUCUGGCUGAUUACGCCAUGCGGCUGAUGGACCAGAUGAAAUACAUCAAUGAACACUCUUUUAACAACUUCAAAAUGAAAAUAGGUCUUAACAUUGGCCCUGUGGUAGCCGGGGUGAUUGGGGCCAGGAAACCUCAGUAUGAUAUCUGGGGGAACACAGUGAAUGUUGCAAGUCGCAUGGACAGCACAGGUGUACCGGAGAGAAUCCAGGUGACCACAGACCUGUACCAAGUACUGAGCUCCUAUAACUACACACUGGAGUACAGAGGUGUGGUCACAGUCAAGGGUAAAGGAGAGAUGAUGACCUAUUUCCUCACCAGUGGACCCUCCAGCAGUUAACCUACACUAACUGACAAACAAGACACAUGGGUGUUAAGCACCUUAACUCCAUGUCUGUCAUAACAUGCAGCCUCAUGGACCUCUGACAGCUUACAGUGGACUGAGACCAACUGAGGCAUCUCUUCUCACAGCGCAGAACCCUUCUUGAACCUACUGAGGCCACAACAAAGAUGGAUGAGAAAAUUCAUCCCUAAGAUCAGUUUGUGGAGGAUACUAUGAGUGGGAGAGGCCUAGCUAGAACUCUGACAUUGAGACCAAAGAUGUCCAAUCAGAGCAUAAAGACAGAUUUUGCCAGCUUUGUGAGGUCCUGAAGGAAAAAUGUUCUCUGAGAAAUUUCAUUUGCUUCAAUUUGCCAGAUUGUCUGAAGGGUUUGGACAAAACUAUAGGAAGAAAUUAUGUCACUUCCUUUUCUCUGCCUUUUUCCUGCUGAAGUAUAUAUGUACAUGUAAAACACAGACAGUUUUAUGUGUAUGUAUAUGUUUUUAUGUACUGUAUUUGAAACACAUUUUGUCCAUGUUGUCAUGAUACAGGUACAAAUCGCUCAAGUGUGGACACUCAGCCAGCACCACAGCACUACCUGUCCUUCUAUCAAUAUCUGAUCAUGUCAGCAAUUAACAAAUUAAUGGAGGAGUUUACACCAUUUUGUGUCUUUUGGUGAAGAGUGAGUUUUGUAGGUGAGGGGGUCCCUCAGAGACAGUCUGAACUGUUUUCUGUACUAACAGGUAGAAACAGUGUUUACAGAAAGCUUCCCGUCAGACGUAUAAAAUCACAAACUCACACUACAGUAUCAACAGCAUAUACACACAUUUUAAACACUAAAAGGAUGUCAAUGAAGAGCUUUUUCUAAUCUUAGACAUUUUGUAUUUUGACUUCUGAACACCAAACCCUAUCAGAUAUUUUAAGAUUCUAUAUUUUGUACAUUAAUAGAGAGCUAUCUAUAAAUGCCAACGUGUAUUCAGAUGUACAUACUCUGUCACUCUCAUGUUGGGAUUUCAGAAAUCCUUACUAGUGUUGCCUGGUCUUUAAGCAAAGCCACAGCUGAUGUACCAUUAACUUCAGCAGACUGACACACCUGAAUGCUGGUUUUUCUUGCCCUUUCCACCGAAUUGAGCAUUUCUGAUCUACAAAAAGUCAACCAUUUUCUAUUUAGAUGGCGUUUCUGGUGAUUUGCCUUCACUAGUGCAUUUGAAUCUCAUGGUGUGAAGGAAGCAGCAAACCAAGCGAGUGUGCACUUUGAAUGACAAACUAGAGGACGGGUAUGACUCUCAGUCUCGGUGCUCAAAAGCCAUUUUGCACUCCAGUGCUUUCAGCUGUCCACCCCUUCUUGCACUGCUCCGUACGCCCCCUAUUGCUUGCUCAAUCAGAUGGUACGACCCAAUGAAUGUCCAAUGAUUUCCAAUGAGGCCUUUAAUAUGAACUCUAUACUAAUGACAGUGAUGAUGCUCAUCUUGUGGACAGGGAAAGACGAGCCCAUAUGGAAAUGUGCACUUUUAUCUGCUGUUUUUUUUCCCUUAUCAGAGCAGUUUUAUUCAGUAUUACAACAUUACUCAAUAUGUCAUCUAACAAACUUGUCUUUAACCUGACAAUUUCAAUAGAUUUUAGUGAAUUUAUUACCAAACACUACAGCUGGUUCUGUUUGUCUUGGCUGAGUCACAGAGUACAGUUAUCAGUAAACAUCUGGACAGUGUCAAGUUUUAUAUAGAGGAAUACAUCAAAUUGGAGGGGUUUUUUUGUUUUGUUUUUUUUUUUCUCAUGAGAACACUAAAAUCAACAUACUUACUUACUGACUUCCCUCCUUUGUCUCUAUACACACUACACUCUUGGCCCCUGCCUAUUUGUUUCUUGUGAAGACAUAAAUCUUUAAAACACUGCAGUUAUUUGGAAAUAUCACAACAUUCAACAUUACAGGAGUUUGUGUUCUACAUUUUACAAUAUUGUAUGUACUUAAAUAGACCUCCUGCUGCCGCUCCUCAGGUUGGACUUCAAUUUGAUUUUAGGUGGCAUAUAUAUAUUCAUUCAUUAUCUGUACCGCUUAUCCAUUAAGGGUCACGGGGGUGUUGAGCCUAUCCCAGCUGACAUUGGGCAAGAGGCAUGAUACACCCUCGACAGAUCACCAGUCUAUUGCAGGGCCAAAACAUACAUUCCUGAACAAAAUCUUAAGACUGGGGAAAAAAUUACAAGUAUUUGCAUUUUGUGCUGGUAGAUCAUAACCAGGUUAUAAGUAGAGCUUCAAAAUGCAAAAAGAAGAAACAGGAGCAAGAUAUCAAAAAAAAGAAGAUACAUUUGUUGAAAACUGCAUUUAAACUCAAACAGGCUGUUUGUCAGCUGAUCAAAAGUUUAAGACCAUAGCCCCCCCCCAAAAAAAACAAAACAGAGAAGGUAGCACCACAGUUCUUGUUGAUCACUUAAAAAAAUUGUUUAGGCAUGCUUGAUGCGAGUGUUUCCACCCGAGAUCAUGAUUGACCCUCUUCUACUGUGCCGCAUAGAAAACCUCUCCAGUGGGAUCUCCUUGUCAUGCCAGUAAUGUUGGAAGCCAUCAGGACCGUCAAGGUUACAUUUUUUCUUGUCAGAGAAUAAAACUUUCUUCCACCUCAAUGUCCCAUGUUUGGUGUUCCCUUGCAAAGUCCAAACUGGCAAGUUUGUGGUGUGGGAGGAGACGCCACCUUUUAAGAUGUUUUUUGUUCUUUAAGUUUUUUUCAAGCAGAUGCUGUCUUAUGGUUAUCGGGCUACAGUCAGCAUCAGUAAGGACCCUAAUUUGGGUCAAGGAUCAGCCUGUGUCUUCAUGGGCAGCCUGUUGGAUCCUCUGGCUCAGUGCAGGGGAAAUUUUUUUUGGGUCUACAACUUGACUUUUUUGUCCCAUAAACCUCAGGAUCUUUUAAGAAAUUUAAAAUGACUAUUUUACUGCAUCUAACCUUGGCAGUGAUGGCACUUUGCGAGACCUUGCUUGAGCAGCUCAACAAUCCUGCCACGUCCAAAGACAGAAAGCCUUUUUGCCUUUGCCGUCAGGGGGUCAUCACAGUGUGAAUGCCUGAAAGAAAAUGACAUGAAAGCCAGAUUUUUGCACAGAUUUUUUUAAGGCUAUUUGAGUUUGAAUGCAGUUUUCAAUAAAUUGCCUACUUUAUUACUUAUUUGUCUCUUGCUCCUGUUUCUUCUUUUUGCAUUUUGAAGCUCUACUUACAACCUGGUUAUGAUCCACCAGCACAAAAUGCGAAUACUUGUAAUUUUUCCCCUGGUCUUAAGAUUUUGCUCAGGAGUGUAUAGACAAAUAACCAUUCACACCGAUGGGCAACUAACUUGCAUAUCUUUGGUCUGUGGGAGGAAGCCGGAAUACCCAAAGAGAACCCAUGCAGGCACAGGGAGAACAUGAAAACAGAACACACAGAAAAGCCCUUGGCAAACUGGGGUUCGAACCUGGAACGUUCUUGCUGCGAGAAGACAGUGCUAACCAAUGUCCCAUGUAUAUAUAUGUUAGAUGGAAUAUGUUUGGCAGACACAAAAGUUAAAUUUAUGAGCAUUUAAAAAUAAUUUUGCAAUCCCAUUCAAAAAUUAAAUUAUUAAUUGAUCAUUUAAAGCUGGACUUAGGAACAGUUUUAUUAAAUAGCAAAUUUAAUUUAGUAAAUUAGCAAAUUUAAACCUUGCUUAUCAUUUUUUUACUGUGAGGUUUAUAAAACAUGAUUUGAAUGCAAAUAUAAUUAGACACAUUACAAUACCUUUUUAAAAUUGAUCAACUGAUUUUAAUUUAAGGUCAAAAUUAAUAAUCCAGUGGCACACACCAGGCAAUUUAACAGUUUCCAUGUUCACUGUCCAGCACUAUGACUAACUGAUGUGUUUUUAAUCAACAAAGCAGCAUAGGGCAUAGAAGAAUAAGAUAUAUCAGGGUUUUGCUACACAGGCAGUACUUGUUAGAAGGAUCAAUCAAUCACACCACUACUAAAAAUUUAAGCAUCAUCCCAUUUGACCCAUUGAAUACAGUGCCAUUCUAUGUCCAUGUGAGCCCUUUUUUCUACUGUUUAUUGUGCAGGAAUGUGCCAUUAAAAAACACAAAGGGUUAGAUGAGAUGAGAUGAGAUGAAUAGGGGUGUAGCUAUAAGGUGGAUACAUUCUUAGGUUUAAAGAGAAGGUGAAAUUCACCUCCUUUUGAUUUCUACAGCUGAGGAUCGUCACGAUGAGUCUGACAAGAUGACAAGGUGAGGCAGCGUCUGUGACAAAACAGCUUCAGAGAUAAAAAACAGUGGGUUGUGUUUGUUGUCAUGCCAAACACUAUGCUCUUUUUUUUUUUUUUUUUUUUUACAGUCAAAUAAACUGCUGAGAUGUUU